GAGAAAAACUCAGACACAUCCCAAUGUGAGGGAAAAUAACCAGAGGAAUGAAGAGGUUUUUUGGGACACACAGAGAUGAGGACUACGGACAGAUUCGGUACCUCACGGCCAAAUGUAGCCGACUUGCACAAGAGAAAGCAGUCCUGGAGCGGGAGUUCCUGGUCGCAGGAGAAAGGGAGAGGACCCUCAGGAAAGACCUAGAAGCUGUCUCCCGGCAGUUGUGUCAGCAAGAGCAACUCAAUGUGGAGCUGAGGGUCUCGCAGGACCAGCUCCUUAGCCAAACACGCCAACAGAAGGAGCUGGUAGAGUUCCUGCAGCAGCACCUGCGCAGGACGGUGGAGGAGGGCUCCCGGGACACAGGGCUACUGGGCCUGCAUCUGGAACAGCUGUGCACAGAGCUGCAGCAGCUGCAGGACACCGAGGUGCUGCUGGAGAGCCUGGUGGAGGAGCUGCAGAGGGAGAACCAGAGCAGGGCUGCACAGGCAGAUGCCCUGCAUGCACAGCUAAACAGUGGGAUGCAGGAGCUGGAGGCAGUACAGAAUUCCCACCAGGAGACCAUACUGGAGCUAGAGACUCUGAAGAUAUGUUACCAUGAGGUUUUACUGGAGCUGGACAGAGUGCGGACCUCCCACCAGGAGACAAUGAUGGAAAUGGACACUCUGCAAACCUCCCACCAGGAGACCCUCCUGGAUCUGGACGCUCUAGAGACCACUCACCAGGAGACUGUAUUAGAGCUGGACGUUCUGGAUUCUUCUCACCAGGCGUCUGUGCUAGAACUGGAGUCGCUGAAAAGCAUGCACAUGCAGUCGGCCAUGGAAUUGCAGACGCUGCGGAGAUCCCACCAGAAGAAGGUCUUUGAGCUGGUGGGGCUCCGCGGUUCUCACCAUGAGACGGUUAUGCAGUUGGAAGAGCUGCAGAGGUCUCACCAGGAGACCGUGUUGGAGCUGAAGGACCUGAGGUCCACCCAUGAGGCCACGGUUCAAGAGCUGGAGCAGGAGAAGCAGAACAGCCUGCGGAAGCUCCAGGAGACGGCCGAGCAGUUCGAGUGGCUCUGCGAUCAGCAGCGGAAAUGGAUGUGUUACGUAAAGAGGUAUAAGGACUGCAUGUCAGGGGAGAAGGAUGCCUUGUUAAAGCAGAUGGGGAGCAUGGAGAAAGAGCUCAUUACCCUCAGAAAGAGCUCCUCGGAAGAGGGAGAGGAGGACCAAGUGGAAGUAUGCAGCAGCACUGAGACUAAGACUGAGACUCAGCACUGUGAAAAUGAAACGACUGAGACCGAGAACUAUGGGUUCACCAUGUGGGACUCUGAUAUUAUGGCUGAUCUUCAAACUGAGGUGGAGAAAUGGCGGCGCCGUUAUGAAGAACUGUACAUUAAACUAGCACAACAUCAGGAGGAGCAUGCUGUCGACACCUUCCAGAAACCUCCCUGAGGGGCCGCAGCCUUGCGCCUGGGUCUCGCUGCCCUGCCAAAAACCCCAAAAUGUCCUUCACUCAAUCAUUCUCUUUGGCUGUGCUCCUUCCUUUCUUUAUCUCCCUGAGUCCCUCCCUCCUUCCUUUCUUCUCUCUCCCCCUCUCUGUCUCUUUUCUCUCUGUCUCUUUCCCUCUCGCUCUCACUUUUUCUCCCUCAUUCCCCUGCAAUGGGAGCUCGCUUAUCUCCUGAUAAAAGGGCACACAGCCCACCUGUUUCUUUCUCUCUGCACCUCUUAAAAGUGUAUCAAGGUUGGUGAUAUUUAUUUUCAUAAUGGCACCUAAUAUGAAUACAAGUGUGAGAAAGGUGAAUGUCAUCGUAAAAACUAGUCAAUGUGUCCUACAUAAUAGAUGGUUGAUUGUGUCUCCUUUUUUAAAACUAAGUUUGACUGA